GCAAGUGGGAGGCCUCUCCUUUGGGAACCUGGGAGAUCCCUGCCGCCAGGAGGGGCCGUGCCACCGCCCGCGAGGGGAACCAAGCUUCGAUCCAGCGCCUUCCCAACUUGUUGGUGCCCUCAGACCAAAGCGGUCGGGAUGGAUCGGUCGCCCCGCAGCCGGCCACUGCUCGACUCGUCGUCGCUGGACAGCGCUUCCCUGACCUCGCUAGACUCCAGCGUCUUCUGCAGCGAAGGCGAAGGGGAACCCUUGGCUCUGGGGGACUGCCUCACGGUCAACGUGGGCGGCAGCCGCUUCGUGCUCUCGCAGCAAGCUCUGUCCUGCUUCCCUCACACUCGCCUCGGCAAGCUGGCCGUAGUGGUGGCCUCCUACCGCCGCCUGGGUGCCCUGGCUGCCGCUCCCAGCCCCCUGGAGCUUUGUGAUGAUGCCAACCCGGUAGACAACGAGUACUUCUUCGACCGCAGCUCUCAGGCGUUCCGCUAUGUCUUGCACUACUACCGAACCGGCCGUCUGCACGUCAUGGAGCAGCUAUGCGCUCUCUCCUUUCUUCAGGAAAUCCAGUACUGGGGCAUCGAUGAACUCAGCAUCGACUCCUGCUGCAGGGACAGAUACUUCAGAAGAAAGGAGCUGAGUGAAACACUUGACUUUAAGAAGGACACAGACGACCAGGAGAGUCAACAUGAGAGUGAACAGGACUUCUCACAAGGACCUUGUCCCACAGUCCGUCAAAAGCUCUGGGAUCUCCUGGAGAAACCUGGGUCUUCCACAGCAGCGCGCAUCUUUGGAGUAAUCUCCAUCAUUUUUGUGGCAGUUUCCAUCGUCAACAUGGCCCUGAUGUCAGCCGAGUUAAGCUGGCUGAACCUGCAGCUACUGGAGAUCUUGGAGUAUGUGUGCAUCAGCUGGUUCACUGGAGAGUUCAUUCUGCGCUUUCUGUGUGUAAGGGACAGGUGUCGCUUCCUGCGGAAGGUACCAAACGUCAUAGACCUCCUUGCCAUCUUGCCCUUCUACAUAACUCUUCUGGUGGAAAGCCUGAGUGGUAGCCACACUACACAGGAGCUGGAAAAUGUGGGGCGCCUGGUCCAGGUUUUGAGGCUCCUCAGGGCCCUGCGCAUGCUCAAGCUGGGAAGGCAUUCCACAGGAUUGCGCUCACUUGGGAUGACAAUCACCCAGUGCUAUGAAGAAGUUGGCCUACUGCUCCUGUUUCUUUCUGUGGGGAUUUCUAUAUUUUCAACAAUAGAAUACUUUGCAGAGCAAAGCAUUCCUGACACAACCUUCACAAGCGUCCCUUGUGCAUGGUGGUGGGCCACAACAUCCAUGACUACAGUAGGUUAUGGGGACAUUAGACCAGACACCACCACAGGCAAAAUCGUGGCCUUCAUGUGUAUCCUAUCAGGAAUCCUUGUCUUGGCCUUGCCUAUUGCCAUUAUUAAUGAUCGCUUCUCUGCUUGCUACUUUACCUUGAAACUCAAGGAAGCAGCUGUGAGACAGCGUGAAGCUCUCAAGAAGCUUACCAAGAAUAUAGCCACUGACUCAUACAUUAGUGUUAACUUGAGAGAUGUCUAUGCCCGGAGCAUCAUGGAGAUGCUUCGAUUAAAGGGCAGGGAGAGAGCAAGUACUAGAAGCAGUGGUGGAGAUGAUUUCUGGUUUUAAGUUCACCCUCAACUUAUUUACAAAACCUGUGUACAUUUGACUAGAUUGAUGAAGCCUUGUUACUAUGGAUAUCUGUAUAUUAAUGAUGAGUUUCUUGAACCCUUAUCUUCUUUCUGGUGUAUGGAUUUCCUAAAAUAUUUAACAUCUGUAGCAACUACUGAUUAUUUUGACAUUCAUGUCUUCA